CUUGUCAAAAAAUCAAUGGAAAACAGACUCCAUGGCAGAAAGCAGCACAUCAGAGCUCUGCUCAUAGACAGAGUUAUGCUUCAGCAUGAGCUGCGAAAGCUGACAGUGGAAGGUUGUCAGUACAGAACUAUUCACCAAGACCUGAUGAAAGAUCUGUUAAGACUUUCCACAAGCACCUACAGCCAAGUCCGAAACAGAGCUCAAACUGUGCUGUUCACUGCACUGGGGACCUAUAACUUCUGCUGCAGAGAUCUGAUUCCUCAUGUAUUGCAGUUUCUCAACCCAGACAACAGCAGUGUUACCCAGCAGCAGUUCAAAGGUGCCCUGUACUGCCUUCUUGGAAAUCACAAUGGUGUGUGCCUGGCCAAUCUGCAUGACUGGGAUUGUAUUUCUUUGACAUGGCCAGCUAUUGUGCGGUCUGGCCUUAGCUCUGCUAUGUCCCUGGAAAAGCCCUCAAUUGUGCGCCUGUUCGAUGACCUUGCAGAUAAAAUCCACCGCCAGUACGAGACUAUUGGCAUCGACUUUGCUAUUCCCUCUGAAUGCUGUGCUGUGGCCAAACAGCUUAUGGGCACUGCUGCCCCUGUGCCCUCUGAGCCUGUUCCCACAGAUGAGAAUGUAGCUGAAGGUUUGCAGAGACAAGAACAGAAGAACACAGAGUCUGUGCAGAAAUAUAAUCAACUGAUUGUUGACCUUUUGGAUAACUUAAGCAACAGAAACUUGCCCUGGAAAUUUGAACAUAUUGCAAUUGGCUUUUUGUCAUUGUUACUGAGAGAUGACCAUCAACUCCCACCAGCUGCUAUCACUUUCUUUGUUAAAAGUCUCAAUCAUGACUCGCUGUAUGUUCGCAAGGUGGCAAUAUCAGCUGUAGCAGGAAUCAUGAAACAGAUUAAGAGACCACAUAAGAAAGUCUCAGUCAGUCCAUCUAAGCUUUGUGACAUCAAGGGGUCCAGUAAUAUUGUAGCAGGAGACCGACCGGACAACAAGUGGCUUCAGUAUGAUAGCAGCAGCCUGCCGCGCACACAGGAGGCCUGGGACACGUGUGUGUUUGUGGAAAAGACUCACUGGGGAUAUUACUCCUGGCCAAAGGAGCUGACAAUGUAUGCACCGUCAGAAGAACAGCCCAAACAAGACCUUACUAGAGACGAAAUGACCGAGAGAGAACAGAUUAUAUAUGACCAUUUCACCGACCCUGCCUUCAUCAACCAGUUCAUUGAGUUUCUGUCCCUGGAAGACCGAAAGGGCAAAGACACAUUCAGCCCGCGCCGAUUUUGUUUGUUCAAAGGUUUAUUCCGCAACUUUCAUGAUGCCUUUCUGCCACUGCUGCAGCCGCACAUGGAGCGCCUUGUUGCAGACUCCCAUGAAAGCAAGCAGCGCUGUGUGGCGGAGAUCAUCUCUGGAUUGAUCAGAGGUUGCAAACACUGGAGCUAUCCAAAGGUUGAAAAACUUUGGAAAAUGUUGUGUCCCUUACUACGCACUGCUCUGUCAAAUAUCACAAUAGAAACCUAUGCAGAUUGGGGCACUUGCAUUGCCACUGCUUGUGAGAGCAGAGACCCACGAAAACUGCACUGGCUGUUUGAGAUGCUCAUGGAGUCUCCUGUGAAUGGAGAAGGCGGGUCCUUUGUGGAUGCCUGUCGCCUGUAUGUGCUGCAAGGAGGGCUUGCUCAACAGGAGUGGCGUGUUCCAGAGCUCCUACACAGAUUGCUGCAAUAUUUAGAGCCCAAACUUACACAAGUGUACAAAAAUGUGCGAGAAAGAAUUGGCAGCGUCCUCACUUAUAUCUUCAUGAUUGAUGUGAAUCUACCAUUCACCGAGCCAACCAUGUCUCCACGCAUCUGUGAUUUUACUGAACGUGUUUUAUUGCGUCUGAAACCUCUGACUGAAGGUGAUGAAGAAAUACAAAAUCAUGUGAUUGAGGAGAAUGAGGUGGGGGAGCAAGAUGAGAGGACCCAAGCGAUAAAACUCUUAAAAACAGUAUUGAAAUGGCUAAAAGCGAGUGCUGGACGGUCAUUCUCCACUGCUGUUACCGAACAGUUACGAUUCCUCCCUUUACUCUUCAAGAUUGCUCCAGUUGAGAAUGAUGACAGUUAUGAUGAGCUAAAACGUGAUGCAAAGACAUGCCUGUCUCUAAUGUCUCAGGGGCUGCUCUACACAGAGCAAAUCCCCAUGGUUCUAGAGGUGCUGCGGGAGAUUGCUGGCAGUAAUUCCUGGCAUGCUCGAUACACUGUACUGACAUAUCUUCAAAUCAUGGUUUUCUAUAACCUGUUCACUGUCAUGAGCGACCAGGAGAUUGUGAACAGUAUCCGGUCACUGGUUAUCAAACUUCUGGAGGAUGAACAACUUGAGGUUAGAGAAAUGGCUGCUACAACACUCAGUGGCUUUCUACAGUGCAAUUUUCUAUCAAUGGAUGGCCCAAUGCAAGCUCAUUUUGAAGCUCUCUGCAAGACACGAUUGCCAAAAAAGAGGAAGAGAGAGCUUGGUGCUAUGGUGGACCCCAUACCUUCAGCUGAUCUGGUACGGCGCCAUGCUGGUGUCCUUGGACUGAGUGCAUGUAUACUCUCCAGCCCGUAUGAUGUCCCCACCUGGAUGCCUCAGUUGUUAAUGGACUUGAGUGCUCACCUGAAUGAUACCCAACCUAUAGAGAUGACUGUGAAGAAAACCCUCUCAAACUUCAGGCGAACACACCAUGACAACUGGCAGCAGCAUAAGCAGCAGUUCACCGAUGAUCAGCUCCUUGUCCUGACUGACCUGCUUGUGUCUCCCUGUUAUUAUGCUUAAUACCAGGUAAUUACCCAAAUAAACCCCUAUAACGCUUUAAUAAAAAAAAAAAGUCUCUUGAAUGUGUUACUAUU